GCCAAAGAAUGUGUAUAAGGACCCGGAUGAUGGCCGCCAGCGCUUCUUGCUUGAGCUCGAAUUCGUACAGUGCCUUGCUAAUCCUACUUAUAUUCAUUAUUUGGCUCAAAAUCGGUAUUUUGAAGAUGAAGCAUUUAUUGGAUACCUCAAAUAUCUCCAGUAUUGGCAAAGGCCAGAGUACAUAAAGUUUAUCAUGUGA